AUGAUUUGCAUUCAACAGUACGGCAACUGUAAUAACACGACUAGGAAGCCUUUCGCCGAAAUGAAGCCCGAGACUCAGGUCAAAGAUGUCAGUGCUAUGGCCAAGCCUGCCGGGAAGACCCAGCCUUGGAAAGUGUUCAUGAGCGAGCCUAUAGUCCGUCCAUUUCCCGUCGACGAGGCUACUGAAAACCACGUUUUACGCCUGAAGGUCGAAAAGGAUCAGCAUGGCCUCGGUGGAUAA